AUGCCUUUCGCUUCAGCUGCCCUCACAGGCCUUUCACUUCAUCUGCCCUUCCUCACACUCCUUGACCCUACAGGCCUUUCACUUCAUCUGCCCUCCCUUACACUCCUUGGCCCUACAGGCCUUUCACUUCAUCUGCCCUCCCCUACAUUCCUUGACCCUACAGGCCUUUCACUUCAUUUGCCCUCCCUUACACUCCUUGACCCUACAGGCCUUUCACUUCAUCAGCCCUCCCUUACACUCCUUGACCCUACAGGCCUUUCACUUCAUCUGCCCUCUCUUACACUCCUUGACCCUACAGGCCUUUCACUUCCUCUGCCCUCCCUUACACUCGAUCCUACAGGCCUUUCACUUCAUUUGCCCUCCCUUACACUCUUUGACCCUCCAAGCCUUUCACUUCAUCUGCCCUCCCUUACACUCCUUGACCCUACAGGCCUUUCACUUCAUCUGCCCUCCCUUACACUCCUUGACCCUACUGGCCUUUCACUUCAUUUGCCCUCCCUUACACUCCUUGACCCUACAGGCCUUUCACUUCAUCUGCCCUCCCUUACACUCCUUUACCCUACAGGCCUUUCACUUCAUCUGCCCUCCCUUACACUCCUUGACCCUCCAAGCCUUUCACUUCAUCUGCCCUCCCUUACACUCCUUGACCCUACAGGCCUUUCACUUCAUCAGCCCUCCCUUACACUGCUUGACCCUACAGGCCUUUCACUUCAUCUGCCCUCUCUUACACUCCUUGACCCUACAGGCCUUUCACUUCAUCUGCCCUGCCUAACACUCCUUGACCCUACAGGCCUUUCCCUUCAUCUGCCCUCCCUUACACUCCUUGACCCUAUAGGCCUUUCACUUCAUCUGCCCUGCCUAACACUCCUUGACCCUACAGGCCUUUCACUUCAUCUGCCCUCCCUUACACUCCUUGACCCUACAGGCCUUUCACUUCAUCUGCCCUCCCUUACACUCCUUGACCCUACGGGCCUUUCACUUCAUCUGCCCUGCCUAACACUCCUUGACCCUACAGGCCUUUCACUUCAUCUGCCCUCCCUUACACUCCUUGACCCUACAGGCCUUUCCCUUCAUCUGCCCUCCCUUACACUCCUUGACCCUACAGGCCUUUCACUUCAUCUGCCCUCCCUUACACUCAUUAACCCUACAGGCCUUUCACUCCAUCAGCCCUCCCUUACACUCCUCGACCAUAGAGGCCUUUCACUUCAUGUGCCCUCCCUUACACUCUAUGACCCUCCAAGCCUUUCACUUCAUCUGCCCUCCCUUACACUCCUUGACCCUACAGGCCUUGCACUUCAUCUGCCCUCCCUUACACUCCUUGAUCCUACAGGCCUUUCACUUCAUGUGCCCUCCCUUACACUCUUUGACCCUCCAAGCCUUUCACAUCAUCUGCCCUCCCUUACACUCCUUGACCCUACAGGCCUUUCACUUCAUCUGCCCUCCCUUACACUCCUUGACCCUACAGGCCUUUCACUUCAUUUGCCCUCCCUUACACCCCUUGACCCUACGGGGUUUAAACUUCAUCUGCCCUCCCUUACACUCCUUGACCCUACAGUCCUUUCACUUCAUCUGCCCUCCCUUACACUCCCAGACCCUACAGGCCUUUCACUUCAUCUGCCCUCCCUUACACUCCUUGACCCUGCAGGCCUUUCACUUCAUCUGCCCUCCCUUACACUCUCUGACCCUACAUGCCUUUCACUUCAUCUGCCCUCCCUUACACUCCUUGACCCUACAGGCCUUUCCCUUCAUCUGCCCUCCCUUGCACUCCUUGACCCUACAGGCCUUUCCCUUCAUCUGCCCUCCCUUACAGACCUUGACCCUACAGGCCUUUCCCUUCAUCUGCCCUCCCUUACACUCCUUGACCCUACAGGCCUUUCACUUCAUCUGCCCUCCCUUAUACUCCUUGACCCUACUGGCCUUUCGCUUCAUCUGCCCUCCCUUACACUCCGUGACCCUACAGGCCUUUCACUUCAUCUGCCCUCCCUUACACUCCUUGACCCUACAUGCCUUUCACUUCAUCUGCCCUCCCUUACACUCCCUGCCCUCACAGGCCUUUCACUUCAUCUGCCCUUCCUCACACUCCUUGACCCUACAGGCCUUUCACUUCAUCUGCCCUCCCUUACACUCCUUGGCCCUACAGGCCUUUCACUUCAUCUGCCCUCCCCUACAUUCCUUGACCCUACAGGCCUUUCACUUCAUUUGCCCUCCCUUACACUCCUUGACCCUACAGGCCUUUCACUUCAUCAGCCCUCCCUUACACUCCUUGACCCUACAGGCCUUUCACUUCAUCUGCCCUCUCUUACACUCCUUGACCCUACAGGCCUUUCACUUCCUCUGCCCUCCCUUACACUCGAUCCUACAGGCCUUUCACUUCAUUUGCCCUCCCUUACACUCUUUGACCCUCCAAGCCUUUCACUUCAUCUGCCCUCCCUUACACUCCUUGACCCUACAGGCCUUUCACUUCAUCUGCCCUCCCUUACACUCCUUGACCCUACUGGCCUUUCACUUCAUUUGCCCUCCCUUACACUCCUUGACCCUACAGGCCUUUCACUUCAUCUGCCCUCCCUUACACUCCUUUACCCUACAGGCCUUUCACUUCAUCUGCCCUCCCUUACACUCCUUGACCCUCCAAGCCUUUCACUUCAUCUGCCCUCCCUUACACUCCUUGACCCUACAGGCCUUUCACUUCAUCAGCCCUCCCUUACACUGCUUGACCCUACAGGCCUUUCACUUCAUCUGCCCUCUCUUACACUCCUUGACCCUACAGGCCUUUCACUUCCUCUGCCCUCACUUACACUCCUUAACCAUACAGGCCUUUCACUUCAUCUGCCCUCCCUUAUACUCCUUGACCCUACAGGCCUUUCACUUCAUCUGCCCUCCCUGACACUCCUUGACCCUACAGGCCUUUCACUUCAUCUGCCCUCCCUUACACUCCGUGACCCUACAGGCCUUUCACUUCAUCUGCCCUCCCUUACACUCCUUGACCCUACAUGCCUUUCACUUCAUCUGCCCUCCCUUACACUCCGUGACCCUACAGGCCUUUCACUUCAUCUGCCCUCCCUUACACUCCUUGACCCUACAUGCCUUUCACUUCAUCUUCCCUCCCUUACACUCCUUGACCCUAUAGGCCUUUCACUUCAUAUGCCCUCCCUUACACUCCUUGAACCUACAGGCGUUUCACUUCAUCUGCCCUUCCUUACACUCCUUGACCUUACAGGCCUUUCACUUCAUCUGCCCUCCCUUAUACUCCUUGACCCUACAGGCCUUUCACUUCAUCUGCCCUCCCUUACACUCCUUGACCCUACAGGCCUUUCACUUCAUCUGCCCUCCCUUACACUUCUUGACCCUACAGGCCUUUCACUUCAUCUGCCCUCCCUUACACUCCUUGAACCUACAGGCCUUUCACUUCAUCUGCCCUUCCUUACACUCCUUGACCCUACAGGCCUUUCACUUCAUGUGCCCUCCCUUACACUCUUUGACCCUCCAAGCCUUUCACUUCAUCUGCCCUUCCUUACACUCCUUGACCCUACAGGCCUUUCACUUCAUCUGCCCUCCCUUACACUCCUUGACCCUACAAGCCUUUCACUUCAUCUGCCCUCCCUUACACUCCUUGACCCUACAGGCCUUUCACUUCAUCUGCCCUCUCUUACACUCCUUGACCCUCCAAGCCUUUCACUUCAUCUGCCCUCCCUUACACUCCUUAACCAUACAGGCCUUUCACUCCAUCUGCCCUCCCUUACACUCCUUAACCAUACAGGCCUUUCACUUCAUCUGCCCUCCCUUACACUCCUUGACCCUACAGGCCUUUCACUUCAUCUGCCCUCCCUUACACUCCUUGACCCUACAUGCCUUUCACUUCAUCUGCCCUCCCUUACACUCCUUGACCCUACAGGCCUUUCACUUCAUAUGCCCUCCCUUACACUCCUUGAACCUACAGGCCUUUCACUUCAUCUGCCCUUCCUUACACUCCUUGACCUUACAGGCCUUUCACUUCAUCUGCCCUCCCUUACACUCCUUGACCCUACAGGCCUUUCACUUCAUCUGCCCUCCCUUACACUCCUUGACCCUACAGGCCUUUCACUUCAUCUGCCCUCCCUUACACUUCUUGACCCUACAGGCCUUUCACUUCAUCUGCCCUCCCUUACACUCCUUGAACCUACAGGCCUUUCACUUCAUCUGCCCUUCCUUACACUCCUUGACCCUACAGGCCUUUCACUUCAUGUGCCCUCCCUUACACUCUUUGACCCUCCAAGCCUUUCACUUCAUCUGCCCUUCCUUACACUCCUUGACCCUACAGGCCUUUCACUUCAUCUGCCCUCCCUUACACUCCUUGACCCUACAAGCCUUUCACUUCAUCUGCCCUCCCUUACACUCCUUGACCCUACAGGCCUUUCACUUCAUCUGCCCUCUCUUACACUCCUUGACCCUCCAAGCCUUUCACUUCAUCUGCCCUCCCUUACACUCCUUAACCAUACAGGCCUUUCACUCCAUCUGCCCUCCCUUACACUCCUUAACCAUACAGGCCUUUCACUUCAUCUGCCCUCCCUUAUACUCCUUGACCCUACAGGCCUUUCACUUCAUCUGCCCUCCCUUACACUCCUUGACCCUACAGGCCUUUCACUUCAUCUGCCCUACCUUACACUCCGUGACCCUACAGGCCUUUCACUUCAUCUGCCCUCCCUUACACUCCUUGACCCUACAUGCCUUUCACUUCAUCUGCCCUCCCUUACACUCCUUGACCCUACAGGCCUUUCACUUCAUCUGCCCUCCCUUACACUCUUUGAACCUACAGGCGUUUCACUUCAUCUGCCCUUCCUUACACUCCUUGACCUUACAGGCCUUUCACUUCAUCUGCCCUCCCUUACACUCCUUGACCCUACAGGCCUUUCACUUCAUCUGCCCUCCCUUACACUCCUUGACCCUACAGGCCUUUCACUUCAUCUGCCCUCCCUUACACUCCUUGACCCUACAGGCCUUUCACUUCAUCUGCCCUCCCUUACACUCCUUGACCCUACAUGCCUUUCGCUUCAGCUGCCCUCCCUCACACUCCUUGACCCUACAGGCCUUUCACUUCAUCUGCCCUCCCUUACACUGCUUGACCCUACAGGCCUUUGGCUUCAUCUGCCCUCCCUUACACUCCUUGACCCUACAGGCCAUUCACUUCAUCUGCCCUCCCUUACACUCCUUGACCCUACAUGCCUUUGGCUUCAUCUGCCCUCCCUCUCACACCUUGACCCUACAGGCCUUUCCCUUCAUCUGCCCUCCCUUACACUCCUUGACCCUACAGGCCUUUCGCUUUAUCUGCCCUCCCUUACACUCCUCGACCCUACAGGCCUUUCACUUCAUCUGCCCUCCCUUACACUCCUUGACCCUACAGGCCUUUCACUUCAUCUGCCCUCCCUUACACUCCUUGACCCUACAGGCCUUUCACUUCAUUUCCCCUCCCUUACACUCCUUGACCCUACAGGCCUUUCACUUCAUCUGCCCUCCCUUACACUCCUCGACCCUACAGGCCUUUCACUUCAUCUGCCCUCCCUUACACUCCUUGACCCUACAGGCCUUUCACUUCAUUUCCCCUCCCUUACACUCCUUGACCCUACAGGCCUUUCACUUCAUCUGCCCUCCCUUACACUCCUCGACCCUACAGGCCUUUCACUUCAUCUGCCCUCCCUUACACUCCUUGACCCUACAUGCCUUUCGCUUCAGCUGCCCUCCCUCACACUCCUUGACCCUACAGGCCUUUCACUUCAUCUGCCCUUCCUCACACUCCUUGACCCUACAGGCCUUUCAAUUCAUCUGCCCUCCCUUACACUCCUUGACCCUACAGGCCUUUCACUUCAUCUGCCCUCCCCUACAUUCCUUGACCCUACAGGCCUUUCACUUCAUGUGCCCUCCCUUACACUCUUUGACCCUCCAAGCCUUUCACGUCAUCUGCCCUCCCUAACACUCCUUGACCCUACAGGCCUUUCACUUCAUCUGCCCUCCCUUACACUCCUUGACCCUACAGGCCUUUCACUUCAUUUCCCCUCCCUUACACUCCUUGACCCUACUGGCCUUUCACUUCAUCUGCCCUCCCUUACACUCCUUGACCCUACAGGCCUUUCACUUCAUCUGCCCUCUCUUACAUUCCUUGACCCUACAUGCCUUUGGCUUCAUCUGCCCUCCCUCUCACACCUUGACCCUACAGGUCUUUCCCUUCAUCUGCCCUCCCUUACACUCCUUGACCCUACAGGCCUUUCACUUCAUCUGCCCUCCCUUACACUCCUCGACCCUACAGGCCUUUCACUUCAUCUGCCCUCCCUUACACUCCUUGACCCUACAUGCCUUUCGCUUCAGCUGCCCUCACAGGCCUUUCACUUCAUCUGCCCUUCCUCACACUCCUUGACCCUACAGGCCUUUCACUUCAUCUGCCCUCCCUUACACUCCUUGGCCCUACAGGCCUUUCACUUCAUCUGCCCUCCCCUACAUUCCUUGACCCUACAGGCCUUUCACUUCAUUUGCCCUCCCUUACACUCCUUGACCCUACAGGCCUUUCACUUCAUCAGCCCUCCCUUACACUCCUUGACCCUACAGGCCUUUCACUUCAUCUGCCCUCUCUUACACUCCUUGACCCUACAGGCCUUUCACUUCCUCUGCCCUCCCUUACACUCGAUCCUACAGGCCUUUCACUUCAUGUGCCCUCCCUUACACUCUUUGACCCUCCAAGCCUUUCACUUCAUCUGCCCUCCCUUACACUCCUUGACCCUACAGGCCUUUCACUUCAUCUGCCCUCCCUUACACUCCUUGACCCUACUGGCCUUUCACUUCAUUUGCCCUCCCUUACACUCCUUGACCCUACAGGCCUUUCACUUCAUCUGCCCUCCCCUACAUUCCUUGACCCUACAGGCCUUUCACUUCAUGUGCCCUCCCUUACACUCUUUGACCCUCCCCGCCUUUCACUUCAUCUGCCCUCCCUUACACUCCUUGACCCUACAGGCCUUUCACUUCAUCUGCCCUCCCUUACACUCCUUGACCCUACUGGCCUUUCACUUCAUUUGCCCUCCCUUACACUCCUUGACCCUACAGGCCUUUCACUUCAUGUGCCCUCCCUUACACUCUUUGACCCUCCAAGCCUUUCACUUCAUCUGCCCUCCCUUACACUCCUUGACCCUACAGGCCUUUCACUUCAUCUGCCCUCCCUUACACUCCUUGACCCUACUGGCCUUUCACUUCAUUUGCCCUCCCUUACACUCCUUGACCCUACAGGCCUUUCACUUCAUCUGCCCUCCCCUACAUUCCUUGACCCUACAGGCCUUUCACUUCAUCCUUUCACGUCAUCUGCCCUCCCUUACACUCCUUGACCCUACAGGCCUUUCACUUCAUCUGCCCUCCCUUACACUCCUUGACCCUACAGGCCUUUCACUUCAUUUCCCCUCCCUUACACUCCUUGACCCUACUGGCCUUUCACUUCAUCUGCCCUCCCUUACACUCCUUGACCCUACAGGCCUUUCACUUCAUCUGCCCUCUCUUACAUUCCUUGACCCUACAUGCCUUUGGCUUCAUCUGCUCUCCCUCUCACACCUUGACCCUACAGGCCUUUCCCUUCAUCUGCCCUCCCUUACACUCCUUGACCCUACAGGCCUUUCACUUCAUCUGCCCUCCCUUACACUCCUCGACCCUACAGGCCUUUCACUUCAUCUGCCCUCCCUUACACUCCUUGACCCUACCUGCCUUUCGCUUCAGCUGCCCUCACAGGCCUUUCACUUCAUCUGCCCUUCCUCACACUCCUUGACCCUACAGGCCUUUCACUUCAUCUGCCCUCCCUUACACUCCUUGGCCCUACAGGCCUUUCACUUCAUCUGCCCUCCCCUACAUUCCUUGACCCUACAGGCCUUUCACUUCAUUUGCCCUCCCUUACACUCCUUGACCCUACAGGCCUUUCACUUCAUCAGCCCUCCCUUACACUCCUUGACCCUACAGGCCUUUCACUUCAUCUGCCCUCUCUUACACUCCUUGACCCUACAGGCCUUUCACUUCCUCUGCCCUCCCUUACACUCGAUCCUACAGGCCUUUCACUUCAUGUGCCCUCCCUUACACUCUUUGACCCUCCAAGCCUUUCACUUCAUCUGCCCUCCCUUACACUCCUUGACCCUACAGGCCUUUCACUUCAUCUGCCCUCCCUUACACUCCUUGACCCUACUGGCCUUUCACUUCAUUUGCCCUCCCUUACACUCUUUGACCCUCCAAGCCUUUCACUUCAUCUGCCCUCCCUUACACUCCUUUACCCUACAGGCCUUUCACUUCAUCUGCCCUCCCUUACACUCUUUGACCCUCCAAGCCUUUCACUUCAUCUGCCCUCCCUUACACUCCUUGACCCUACAGGCCUUUCACUUCAUCUGCCCUCCCUUACACUCCUUGACCCUACUGGCCUUUCACUUCAUUUGCCCUCCCUUACACUCCUUGACCCUACAGGCCUUUCACUUCAUCUGCCCUCCCUUACACUCCUUUACCCUACAGGCCUUUCACUUCAUCUGCCCUCCCUUACACUCCUUGACCCUACAGGCCUUUCACUCCAUCUGCCCUCCCUUUCACUCCUCGACCCAACAGGCCUUUCUCUUCAUCUGCCCUCCCUUACACUCCUUGACCCUACAGGCCUUUCACUUCAUCUGUCCCCCUUUACACUCCUUGACCCUACAGGCCUUUCACUUCAUCUGCCCUCCCUUACACUCCUUGACUCUACAGGCCUUUCACUUUAUCUGCCCUCCCUUACACUCCUUGACCCUACAGGCCUUUCACUUCAUCUGCCCUCCCUUACACUCCUUGAACCUACAGGCCUUUCACUUCAUCUGCCCUUCCUUACACUCCUUGACCUUACAGGCCUUUCACUUCAUCUGCCCUCCCUUACACUCCUUGACCCUACAGGCCUUUCACUUCAUCUGCCCUCCCUUACACUCCUUGACUCUACAGGCCUUUCACUUUAUCUGCCCUCCCUUACACUCCUUGACCCUACAGGCCUUUCACUUCAUCUGCCCUCCCUUACACUCCUUGAACCUACAGGCCUUUCACUUCAUCUGCCCUUCCUUACACUCCUUGACCUUACAGGCCUUUCACUUCAUCUGCCCUCCCUUACACUCCUUGACCCUACAGGCCUUUCACUUCAUCUGCCCUCCCUUACACUCUUUGACCCUACAGGCCUUUCACUUCAUCUGCCCUCCCUUACACUCCUUGACCCUACAGGCCUUUCACUUCAUCUGCCCUCCCUUACACUCCUUGACCCUACAGGCCUUUCACUUCAUCUGCCCUCCCUUACACUCCUUGACACUACAGGCCUUUCACUUCAUGUGCCCUCCCUUACACUCUUUGACCCUCCAAGCCUUUCACUUCAUCUGCCCUCCCUUACACUCCUUGACCCUACAGGCCUUUUACUUCAUCUGCCCUCCCUUACACUCCUUGACCCUACAGGCCUUUCACUUCAUCUGCCCUCCCUUACACUCCUUGACCCUACAGGCCUUUCACUUCCUCUGCCCUCCCUUACACUCCUUGAUCCUACAGGCCUUUCAGUUCAUGUGCCCUCCCUUACACUCUUUGACCCUCCAAGCCUUUCACUUCAUCUGCCCUCCCUUACACUCUUUGACCCUACAGGCCUUUCACUUCAUCUUCCCUCCCUUACACUCCUUGACCCUACAGGCCUUUCACUUCAUCUGCCCUCCCUUACACUCCUUGACCCUACAGGCCUUUCACUUCAUCUGCCCUCCCUUACACUCCUUGACACUACAGGCCUUUCACUUCAUGUGCCCUCCCUUACACUCUUUGACCCUCCAAGCCUUUCACUUCAUCUGCCUCUUUCAGUUCAUGUGCCCUCCCUUACACUCUUUGACCCUCCAAGCCUUUCACUUCAUCUGCCCUCCCUUACACUCCUUGACCCUACAGGCCUUUCACUUCAUCUGCCCUCCCUUACACUCCUUGACCCUACUGGCCUUUCACUUCAUUUGCCCUCCCUUACACUCCUUGACCCUACAGGCCUUUCACUUCAUCUGCCCUCCCUUACACUCCUUGACCCUACAGGCCUUUCAUUUCAUCUGCACUCCCUUACACUCCUUGACCCUACAGGCCUUUCAUUUCAUCUGCCCUCCCUUACACUCCUUGACCCUACAUGCCUUUCACUUCAUCCGCCCUCCCUUACACUCUUUGACUCUCCAAGCCUUUCACUUCAUUUGCCCUCCCUUACACUCCUUGACCCUACAGGCCUUUCACUUCAUCUGCCCUCCCUUAGACUCCUUGAUCCUACAGGCCUUUCACUUCAUCUGCCCUCGCUUACACUCCUUGACCCUACAGGCCUUUCACUUCAUCUGCCCUCCCUAA